UUUUUAAAUUUCUACCAAACAAACAACACGCGCCCCCCACCCCCUCCCACCCCCCACUAUUUCUUCUACAUUUCUCCCUCAUUUCUAGGGUUUUACUUCAAUCUUCCACUAGAAGUUUCGCGAAUUUGUUCUAGAAUCUUCGAGAAACUUUGCACGGAGCAAUGUCGGAACCGAUGGUAAUCGACGGUGUAGAUGAAGUGAAAGUAGAAGCGAUGAAAGUUGAUGCGAAGAAGAAGAUGAAAAGGAAGAGGGUUAAUUUGGUAAUUUACAGUCCCGAAGAGAAAUCGGCUAAGAUUGAAGAGCUGAAGGUUGAAAUGAAGGGAUUGGUUGAGUAUUAUAAGGAAGUGAUGGAGAAGAAAGUGGUACAAAUGGAGGAAAUGAAAGGUUUGGGGUCAGGGUUAGGCUUGAAUAGUGUGAUUGGUUGCAUGCUAGAGGAAAGUGAUUUAUCGUUAUCGAAAUUGGUUGAUGUAAUAGUUGAAAAGAUUAGUGAUAGUGAGGGAAGUAGUAGUAAGGUUAGUGUGAAGAGUGCUGUGAUUUUGGUUGGUCAGAGGGUGUUUUACGGAGUUCCGAAUGGAGAUGUGGAUGUCUUGGAGGAUGAAUCCGAGUCUGCUCUUUGGUGUUGGGAGACACGAGACCUUAAAUUAUUGCCGAAAUCAGUCCGGGCUACUCUGAAGAUUCGCCGGACUUGUCGGAAAAAAAUCCAUGAGAGAAUUACUGCUGUCUCUGCUUUAUUGACUGCACUAGAAAUGUUGGGAACUGAUCAAAACUGCUCCCAAGAGCGGAUGACGGCUUCUGAAAAGCUUGGCAAAGUAUUAAAUGAGGCAGAUAUCCGCUUGUUAGUUGCAAGCAUGGAACAAAAAAAUGGUGCUGAAGUGGCUGAGAAGUCCGUAAAACAGGAGGAGAGACUUUUGAUCAAGCAGUUAGAGAGAAAGAAAAGAGAAGCUGAAAAAGAGAAGAAAAGGAUGGAGCGUGAAGUUCUGAAAGAAAAAUUGAAAAGUGAAAAAGAGUUAAAACGGCUACAAAGUGAAGCAGAGAAAGAGGAAAAGCGGUUUGAGAAAGAAGAAUCUAAACUAAAAAAGCAGAUGAUGAGAGAACAAGAAGAAACUGAGAAAGAUCGACGCCGCAAGGAAAAGGAAGAAGCUGAUGCUAAAAGGCAACUUACUUUGCAAAAGCAAGCUUCAAUGAUGGAGCGCUUUUUCAAAAGAAGCAAAACUAACUCUUCUUCCCAGAAUUGCCAGUCAUUAGAUAAGCCAGCUUUUGAUUUUUCCGCUAGCAAGUGUGAAAAGAAGCCUGUAUCUGUUACUCUGUCAAUGGACUCAGUCCUUACACAGAAUGAUGGCCUUAAUGCUGAUGAUUUAUGGAAGUCACACUUGAAUUCGUGGCAUUGCUUAGGUCGUUCAAAAGGGAAAGUUCAUUGGGGAAUCCGUCAAAAGCCCAAGACUAAUGUAGUCAAGGAAAUUAAGCUAACAUGCAGUAAAGGACUGACUUGUGACAAUGAGGAUAAUACAGAGAAACUAGUUGAUGGAUGGGCUGAGCCUCACAAUAAUACCAGAUCAUGUAAUGCUGGUGAGGUCAAUACUAUUCCUUGUCGCCACUUAUCAAGGAGGCAACUGUUGCAGUUUGAUAAGUGUCAUAGGCCUGCAUUUUAUGGUGUUUGGCUGAAGAAAAGCCAAGUUGUAGGAGCACGUCGCCCCUUCGUAAUGGAUCCAGAUUUGGAUUAUGAGGUUGAUAGUGAUGAGGAAUGGGAAGAGGAGGAACCUGGCGAAAGUCUAUCAGAUUGUGAUAAAGAUGAUAAUGAGUGUUUGGAGGAAGAAUGUUCAAGAGGUGAAGAUGAAGACGAAAGCGAAGAUGGAUUUUUCGUGCCAGAUGGAUAUCUCUCAGAAGAAGAGGGUGUACAAGUUGACAAAGUGGAAUCUCAUGAUGAAGAAGGAUCUAAAAUUUUGUCCAGUCCACAAGAAGGACCGGGUGAAGAGUUUGUGGUGCUGCUUCGGCAGCAAAAAUAUCUUCACAACUUGACUGAACAGGCUCUUAAGAAAAACAAGCCACUUAUUAUAUUGAAUCUUAUGCAUGAGAAAGCUCCUUUAUUGUUGGCUGAUGAACUGACUGGUAAUGAGAAAGUUGAACAAAUAUGCCUGGGGGCAUUGACCAUUUGUUCAUUUCCUGGCCAUUCAUCCAUACCAAUAUCUAAUUGUGAUGAUGUUGUUGAGGGAGAUUCUGAGGCUUGCCCAUCGGGUAGUAAGGCAAGUAUCCCACAAGUAGCAUCUUCAGCUGCUCUGGCAGACUCAGAUUUACAUCAAAUUGUAUCUAUACUUCAGUCAUGCUCACAAAGUAUAAACAAGGUGGUGGAAUCUUUACAACUCAAGUUCCCAAGUAUUGCGAAGUCCCAACUGAAAAACAAAGUGCGGGAGAUAGCAGAGUUUAUUGAUGGUAGAUGGCAGGUUAGAAAGGAUGUUCUUGUGAAACUUGGGCUGCCAAUAACAACACCUGAAAAAAGCAGCAGGACAAAGAGCAUUGCGGCAUUUUUUUCCAAGAGAUGUUUACCACCUUCCGGAAAGACCAUCAAUCUGCAUGAGGCUUCCCCACAAGCAAGCCAGAAAACUUCUUCAGCUUCCAUCCAGCUACAGCAAGACUUCACAUACAAAAAUGAAUAAGAAUCUAAACUUUGUUAAAUCUUCUUGCCCCUUAGUUCAAGUUUUUCUUGUUUCUGGCAAUAACCUCUUCCGAUAUAAUAGAUGCCUGCUCAUUUAUACCAGGCUUUGUGACUUAUAUUCUGGUCAAAUUUUCAAAUUUUCGAAUCAAAUAUCCUUCACAAAGAAAGAUGACUAGAAUGUGUUUGUCUCAAGGAUUACAAGAAAGAUGCCUGAGCAUCUGGAUCUGUAUAUCCUUUAUGUGUUUUCAUAACUGAAUUUACUGUAUGUAUAUAACAACUUGUAAUUCCAAGUUGCAUGGUUAUGAUUUUCUA